AUGUUGCAACUUAAGGUAGUGGCCAUAACCCUAAUAUGGUGGUGGUGGACAUGGCAUCUUCACGGUGCAGUUGUUGUUGCAGAUCCUCAAGUGAAUCUAAUAAACCAAGGGUGCAGUUCAUACAACGAAACCAACUUGAGAAGCUUCUUUGCCAACAUCAAUGGAACGUUUUCGGAGCUAAGAAGUGAUAUAGUGAAUCAAAGCAAGCACUUUGGAACUGCACAAGAAGCGAGGGGAGAGGUUAUCACAUACACAAUGUUUCAGUGCAGAAACUAUCUUUCUCAAAGGGAUUGUCUUAGUUGCUUCAACAACGCUACCAUUCAAAUUCGGAAUUGUUCAAAUGGGAAUGGUGCCAGAGUCAUCUAUGAUGGUUGCUUCCUCAGGUAUGAGAGCAAUAUCUUCUUCAGCCAAACAACUGAACCUGGGAAUGGUGUAAAAUGUGGGAACAAAACAGGAAAAGGAGGCAAUGAUUUUGUUUCAGCUGGAAAACAAGCUCUAAUGAAUCUCCAAACAGCAACACCAAAAAUCAAAGGAUUCUAUGCUGCCACAAAGACACAAUUGGCUAAUAAUAAUGGUGGUGCAAUCUAUGCUGUUGCACAGUGUGUUGAAACUGCCACUCAAAGUGAUUGUUUGGCAUGCAUGAAUGUUGGAUACAACAAUUUGCAAACAUGUCUUCCUAAUUCUGAUGGUAGGGCUUAUGAUGCUGGUUGUUUUAUGAGAUAUUCACAGACUCCCUUUUUUGCUGAUAAUCAAACCAUUGAUAUCACUCCAUACUUGGCACAAGGAGGUUCAAGCAAGAAGUGGGCCAUUAUAGGUGGUGUUGGUGGAGGUGUAGUUCUUGUUGUGAUCCUUCUUGCAUUAUUUGCAUGGUAUAGACAUUCAAAAAAACCCAAAAGGGUUCCUAGAGGGGAUAUAUUGGGAGCAACCGAGUUGAAAGGUCCAGUUAAUUACAAGUAUAAUGAUUUGAAAGCUGCAACAAAAAAUUUCAGUGAAGAAAAUAAAUUAGGAGAAGGGGGUUUUGGUAAUGUGUACAAGGGUACUCUUAAAAAUGGGAAAGUUGUGGCAGUGAAGAAAUUGAUUUUGGGGCAAACUGACAAAAUGGAAGAUCAUUUUGAGAGUGAAGUAAAGCUGAUUAGUAAUGUGCACCAUAGGAAUCUGGUGAGGCUUCUUGGUUGUUGUAGCAAAGGCCAAGAGAGAAUCCUUGUUUAUGAAUACAUGGCAAAUAGUAGCCUUGAUAGAUUCUUAUUUGGUAACAAGAAAGGCUCCCUGAAUUGGAGACAACGUUGUGACAUAAUUUUAGGGACAGCAAGGGGAUUGGCCUAUCUUCAUGAGGAAUUCCAUGUUUCUAUUAUUCACAGAGAUAUAAAGAGUGGAAAUAUUCUAUUGGAUGAUGAUCUUCAACCUAAAAUUGCUGAUUUUGGUUUGGCUAGACUUCUUCCUGGGGAUCAAUCUCAUCUUAGCACAAGAUUUGCAGGAACAUUAGGAUAUACAGCACCUGAAUAUGCAAUUCAUGGCCAAUUAUCAGAAAAAGCAGACACUUAUAGUUAUGGCAUUGUAGUUCUAGAAAUUAUAAGUGGUCAAAAGAGUACCGAAAUGAAGGUUGACGAUAAUGGACAUGAAUAUCUUCUUCAACGAGCAUGGAAACUGCACGAGGAAGGAAUGCACGUAGAGUUAGUGGACAAAAGCAUAGAAGCUAAUGAAUAUGAAACAGGCGAAGUGAAGAAAAUAAUGGAAAUUGCAUUGAUGUGCACUCAAGCAUCAGCAUCAAUGAGGCCAACAAUGUCUGAAGUAGUUGUGUUACUAAAAAGCAAAGGCUUAUUUGAGAAUAUGCAACCUUCAAUGCCUGUGUUUGUUGAGUCAAAUAUGAAAGCCAGAGGAGAUAUUUCUGCUUCAACCGCUGGUUCCUCUACAACUACUUCCAAUGCUACUGUCUCCACUUCUAUAGUAUCAGCAAGAUGAUUAUGAUUUGGUAAAAAUUCAGGUGCAGUCAACUUUACGUUAAGUUGAUAACUGAGAGUUGUUAGAUAAAAGACAGCAGAUAAUGACAACGGUUUCUUUAAAUUAUCGCAAUCUGUCUUUAAAAUUGUCGCUAUCCGUUACUACCUACCUGUAAAGUGAUAUAUGAAGGACCAAAAGUUGUGCAUCAUAUUCUAGAGUUUAUUAGGGUAUAUAUAUAAAGAGUUUAAUUUUGAUACAUUGA